AUGGCCAGCCCUGUGGAUGCAUCCUCAACAGGCCAUGCCAGUGGGCUGGGUCCCCACCGGAGAAAGCGGACCACUUUCAGCAGAGGGCAGCUGCUGGAGUUGGAGCGGGUGUUUGCAGCCCGGCCCUACCCUGACAUUGGCACCCGUGAGCACCUGGCCCGGGUCACCUGCCUUCCUGAGGCCAAGAUACAGGUGUGGUUCCAGAACCGCCGGGCCAAGAGAAUCAAGAAUACGAAGGCAGGAGGCCUAAGCCCGAGGCCAGAGCCCCCCCCGAGAGCCCGUUCUCUUCCAGACACCCUCCAGCAGUCCCGGGAGCCCCGAAAACUAGGCCAGCUCCCGCCCUCCAACAGCACGCCUCAGUGUGCCUCACUGUGUAGACAUGCCUCCUGCUCAGCUCCUGGCUUGGGUCCAGGGCAGAGCCGGGCAGGGGCUAAAGCUGUAGCCCCAUGGGGACCAGCUGGGGCUUCAGCGACCCACCUUUCUUCAGAACGAGCUACUCCCCAGACCUCGUUGGGCAGCCUGUCUGACCUCAUCUAUGCCUCAGCCAUUGUCACCAACCAGGACCACUCCUAA